CUCACACGCAGGCCAUAUUACUGAGUCAAGCUCGGUUUUUAGUUUGUAGCAGAGUUGUGAUAAGACUUUCUGAGAACCGUAGCCCGGUCUGACGGCAUUCCAUUUAGAAAUAACCAUGUGUGCUCAGAAGAUGGGACUUUCUUUAACACUUCUCUAAGAAAGCUGGAUAUAUAAAGGCGGCAUUGAAAGAUGUCUGUGAUGGCUGCUCAACGGUCGUCCGUGUUUACAUUUGAGUCUGCGGCGCAUUCCUCCCAUGUGCUGAGCCGCCUGGACGAGCAGCGUCACCGGGACACGUAUUGUGAUGUUACCGUGGUGGUGGAGGGCCACAGUUUGAGAGCCCACCGCUCAGUGCUCGCUUCCUGUAGCGAGUACUUCUCACACAGGAUUUCCUCCCUCACACAGCAUGGAGCUGUCAUCAGUCUGCCACAAGAGGUGACAGUUGCUGGCUUUGAACCUUUGCUGAAUUUUGCCUACACAUCCAAACUUCUCUUCGGGAAAAACGAUGUCUUAGAAAUACGCAAUUCAGCUUCCUUUCUUGGUUUCAGAGACCUAGACGAGUCAUGCUUUGAUUUCCUCCUCCCCAAGUUCUUCUCCAGCAAUGACUCUGCCCCUUUCCCGAGAAAGACCUGUUGUAAGAAGAUAUGUAAGAGACGAUUGUUAAAGGAAGACAUUGACUCUGACAGUGUUUUGUUGGAUGAGAAAGAAGUAGAACCAGUUGAUGACUCACCAUAUACACAGGAAGUGGCUUGGCACUGUGACAAAUCAGUGAACAACAAAAUGGGAAGUCUGAACAAAGCAAGCACUCUUCCACCUGAAGCUGAAGGGACCAACAUUGAAUAUACGCAAUGUCCAAAGUAUCGCAAGUUCCAGCUAGCUUGUUGUAAGGAAAGUUGCGUCACAGAUAAAAGUCUGAACAAUCCUGCCACAGUUAUCAGGGACUUGCGGGACCUCUCCUGCUCGCCCCCCUCCAGCAGUGCUAAGAGCAAAAAAGAAACUGAUGUUGAAUUCCCUCAUAUUUCCACCUCAAAUUCCACCACACAGAGCGAAGGAGGGGCUGAUGAGCCAUGGAAAAAUUACAAGGAAACAGAGAAUGGUGGGGAAGUUGAUGUGAUUGAGAAAGACACACAUGAAAGGCAACGCAAGUGGAUUAAGAAGGAAAGAGAGAUGAAUGUGGGGGAAGAGAUCAGCUCUUCAGACAGAUCCACUGUCAAGGAAGUCUCUUCAGGGUCAAGCAUAUCGCUGGGCGAGAGGUCAUCAGGGUUUAUAUUGAACCAUUGCCCCCUGAAGACCUUUGUUGAAGCCCCUGCAAUCACUCUGUCACAGGGGUUUGCCGUGGACAUUACAGAGGGCAAGAAAACAAAUAAAUCUGGUGCACUGCCGCCAGUAUCCAUUACCCAUAAGGCAGAGGGACAGGUUGAAGCUGAGGUAAAAAUGGCAGACGCUGAGAUUGAUUUGGGCUGGCAAGACAGAGGCAGCAUGGAGAGCGUGACCCUGUCAGUAGAUAAUGCCAGAGAGAGGAGCUCAGAGGAAAGGGAGAUGGCCGAGCACCUGGCGAGGAGGCUGGGGUCCGACGUGGAGCCCGAUGCAGGAAGUUCCUCCGAUACGGGGAGCGGACGGGCACAGAGCAAGUCUUUAGAGUGGAGUAAGUGCCACAACAUCAGCUCCACAAGCACCGGCUGUCCCUUCUUCCAGGAUCUGGAGCAAGGCAGGUGUGUAUGGAAGGGAGCAGAGCUGUCUGAGUGCGAGGGGGGCUCUCAGUCAGGUGUGUCAUCCUUCAACUCGGGGGAGGAUGGAGAGUGGGAGACGGAGACAGAAGGAGACAGUGAGGCCUACGCAAGAGAGCGGGCCAGACAGGUGCAGUUGCCAUUCUCUGUUGAGUGGAUUGUUGAUCUGAGCAGAAAUGACUUCCAGCAGCUGCUGAAGCAACAGGUCUUUACCCGAGAACAGCUGGAGUUUGUUCACGAUAUGAGACGCCGCAGCAAAAACCGCCUCGCAGCUCAGCGUUGCCGCAAGAGGAAACUAGACUGCAUAUAUAAUCUGCAGUGUGAAAUCAACAAACUGAAGACAGAGAGGGAGACACUGAUGACGGAGAAGAGCCAUCUGAGCCAGAUGAAGUCCAAAGCAUGUCACAAUGUCUCUGCGUUAUGCCAGAGGGUCUGCAGCGAAGCCAACCUGCAGCCGGAGCAGCUCCAGGUGUUGGCCAAAUACAGUUCCCCGGACUGCCCUCUGUCCUCUCUCUCUACUCACAUGGACGCUCUCUUCUCACAGCCUGGGCUGCUCCUCCAGCCUCACGCUAAACGGUCAGAUUGUCUGGUUGGCCAUGAUGAGUAUAUGGCGUCUGAUGAGGCUUCCAGCUCCAGAAAGGAUACACUCACCAGAGAUGAUCAUCAUUCGCUUUAGAUACAGCAAAAACCAAUAGUAUUGAUUAUGAUGUCAAACUAAUGAUUCCCUAAAGACUUAACUGCAGACUUUGGACUGAGGACAGGCUGUUUUAUAAAGCAGUGGCAUACUUUUGAUACAUUUAUAUUGAGUGGUUGCAAUCAACGAACAUUUUAAUGAACUCCUGCUACCCUUUUUUUAUUUAAAACACAAGUGUUUAAUUGCGAGAUCAGGAAUGCAUUCCAGGUGUCCAAAACUAUUCAUUUUACUUUUACACCAAUGAUAAGUCUGUAGAGCAAAUGUUUCACCCCUGGCAAAGCGCUUAUUAGACUUUGUUUUCAGGUGAAAGCUGAUCGGUACCUGCUCACAAAUAAACCCAGCCAGGGUGCAUGUUGAGAAUGUUAACAUUUUAGCACUAAGACACACGACGUUAAUCAUAAUGAAAGGGAACAAUGGUCUUUAUAUUGAUAGUGGGCUUCACUGCUUCAUAUCUCAGGAAAUUAUACAUAAUUCAUUUCCUUUCUUAAAACUCUAAAGUGUUUUAUACAGGCUCUCAGGUGUUAAUAGGAAAACUCAGCAACAAUACCUCUUGCACACAGUGUGGGUUAGGCCCUCUCCAUGGAGAGAGCAACACACAACAAGAUUUUGCACACAAACCAGACAACUGUCAUUGUGGUUGUCCAACCGCAGUGAGAUGGCUCUUUUAGGUUGCUCACAGCAUGGACUCACUAAAACAAACCUCCUAAUGUGUUUAAAUGGGUUUAAAGUGCUGUCUAAAGAAAGUGCAUCUUAGCAGAACUUUUAUAUACGAACAAAAAAA